AUGCGUUAUUUUGCAGAUGUCCAGGAGACUUUGGAAACCCAGCGUGAAGAGAUCGCGGCGCUCCGCUCUCGUAUGUUAGAGGAGUACGAACAACUUCUCAAGGUCCGAGCGGAAGUCAUGGCAACCCAGACACAGGAAGUGGAGAAACUCCAGAGAGAGAUGGAACAACUCCACCAGAGUUAUGCGGAGCAGAUCAAAGUGUUCCAAACUAAAGUGGAGGAACAGUCAGAAGAAGCCAUGCAGACUAGACUAAAGGAAGAGCAUGAAAAAGAAACCCAGGAUUUAAAAGAUCAUUAUGAAUCUCAAAUAAAAGAACUACGCAGUCAGCUAGAAGCCACAACACAGGAAGUGACAUCACUGAAAGAGGAAGUGACCUCACAAAGUGAAGAACAGAAUCAAGAAAGCAGUGAACAGAGUGAAGCAAAGGCAACAGUAGACAGUGACAGUAGGAUCCAGGAAUUAGAAAAAAUACUGGAGGAAAAAUCCAAUGAAAUUGCUGAACUUCAGGAGAAACUAGAAUUAGAGUCUCAACUAAAUAUAGAACUUAGGGAGAAAAUGACCUUGACAGAAAGCAAGGUCACAGAGAUGGAGCAAAUGAUGCGUGAAAAACAGUGCCAUAUUGAAGAAAUGAAUAACAGAUUGAAGGAAAAAGAGGCCAUAUUGAAGAUUCUGGAGAGAGAGAAGGAAGAAGUGGAGGAGAAGUGUAGGAGAGACCUGGCAGAGUGUGAAGAGUCGAGCGAGAGAACGACAGGCGAGAUCAGUGAUAAACUGCUGAAACUUCAACAAGAGCUGGACGCAUCACUGGAGCAGGAGAGAGUGUUAGAGGAGCAGUAUGAUGAACUACAGCAUCAGCAUAGGGAGCAGAUAGAGGCAUUAAGACAGGACUUGGAGCAUGAACAUCGAGCUGAGAUCAUGGACGUGCAGUCAGAGUUCAAAGUUCAACUUGAGAUCGAGCUGAAGAGACAGGCGGCAGACAUGACAUACGAUUUCGGAGAAAAAAUUAAAAAAUUGGAGGAAGACCAGAAGAAAGAGCUGGAAGAGUUAGAGAUGAAGAUAGAACAGCUGGAAGAAAUGAAACAAGAGAGAGAAUUACAAGAAGAAAGCAAUGCAUCUGUGAAUCUCCCAGAAUACUCCUCUGAAAAUUACCCACAAUCCUCCUCUGAAAAUUACCCACAACCCUCUACUGUCACUUUGGAUGAUGAUUCGCUGAGUAAGUCUACAGAGACGGCCAGUACGGUGAUCGAUGCCCAGAAGAAUGUCAGACCGGAGAAGAAAAGUUCCGAGGACGUGGGCGACAAAACCGACGACGAAAUAGACGCGGGCGACAAAACCGACGACGAAUUAGAGGAGAUGGAAUCGGAGGCGCACGAAGAAGGCGGGAAACCCACCACAAUGGAGGCAGUUUCGAGACAGGACACUCUUAAGGAGAGUGAAGAUUUCGAAGAGGUCAGCGAGAGUAGCUCACCAGAGACAAGCGAGUCUCAGUCAGCAGUCGCCGUGAGUCAACUCAUGGGCACCAUCAAUCUUGCCAAACAGGAGACGUUCAUGAAACUCAAACAAGAGUACGAGACCAAAAUCACUAAACUCACAGACGACCUAGAACAGGCCAUGAUCCUAAAUGACGAACGUGAGAAAUGCAUCGAUGAUAUAACGGACAAAUAUGAGGCUAAAAUCGAAGAAAUGAGACGGCACUAUGAGAUGAGAAUUAAAGAACUCGAGGAAUCCGAUGUAGAUAUUGAAGAGAUCAAAGAUAAAGUGAAAGUAGAAUUUGUGAAAAAUUAUGAGGCGGAGUUAGCACGAGUGCAUGUUGAGUACGAAGAGAAAAUGGAUCUGUUACGACAAGAGAUGCAGGAAAGUUACGACUCAGAGAAACAGGAAAUGGAAAAAAGACAUAAAAAGGAACUGGAGGCCUCGGAAGAGAAAUAUGACACACUUAUAGACAGGAUCCGUGGCGGUGAUGCUCCUGAGGUAGCGGAUCUCGUGAGAGACAGAAUCGACGCGGAACUCGAGAUGGCUAAGUCACUCAUGGAGCAGGAGUUCGAGGAAACCAUUGAAUCGGAACAGGCACGAUUUCAAGAAGAGAAGGAGAAAGAGAUAAACGAUUUACACGCACAACACGACAAAGAAAUGGUAGAAGCACGACAAACUCUAACAGAGGAAUUUCAGGCUAAGCUGGAGGAGAUGGAGAGUAAGUACAGCAAGGAGAUGGAGACUCUGCAGAGCCAGAUAGAGACUGGAAUGCACCAGAAUCUCGCGACAGAGUACGAGAUCCAGGAAUAUCAGGAUAAAAUUCACGAACUCGAGACCGAGCUAGAAAAAUUUGUGAAAGAGAGUGAAUCCAGCGACGAGAAAUCGUCCAAGCGUAUAGUGGAUGAGUCUGGUGUCAUGGUGUCUGCCUCGAGUGAAUUCGACACGGAUGGAGAAACAAAGGAUUCUGGGAAGGGGACUAUAAAUAAGGGAGUGGAUCAAACAGAUUCUAGUGGAGGAUUUCAAGUUAGUGAGGUUUGUGAAGAAACUAGUGAAACUGGAGGAGAGGAUCUAAGAGAUUCAGGGGGGUUAGUUGUAGAUCAGUCGGUGAAGGAUUAUGAAAGUGAAAGUGAAAGUGGGAAGGAGGAGUUGACUCGGCGAGACUCCAGUGCUGAUUUAGACAACUCGCUCCAGAACCUUAAAGGCUCGCAUGCUGCUGCUAUAGCUGAAAUAGAAGAGGAGUAUAACUCCAAGCUGGCCAGUCUGAAAGCAGGGUUAGAAAAGGACUAUCAGGAUAGACUCUGCCAAAUAAAGAAAGAGCUCUCUAGCACCAAAAGUUCACUGACUGGAGAGGUCACACAAGGUCAAGGUCAGGGACCAGAGAAGGAUGACCUUGACAUAGCACACACGGAGGAGCUACAUG